AUGUUGCUUCCCUUUCAUCACGUUCGGACAGAUCGCAGAGGUUGUGGGACGGGUGGAAUAUUGUAUGGAUUGAUAUGUUGUCUAUUUGCGAUACCGUGUGUUUACUCAUGCACAUUCCGGGCCAAGCUCCGAAACAAGUACGGGUUACCGGAUGCUCCAGCUCCAGAUUGGAUCACUCAUUGCUUCUGUGAAUAUUGUGCACUUUGUCAAGAGUAUCGCGAAUUCAAGAACCGUGGCCUUGAUCCGGCUAUUGGAUGGAUUGGGAAUGUGCAGAAGCAGCGAAUGGGUCAGCAACAAGAGAUGAUGGCUCCAAUGGGUCAACGAAUGAUGGGUUGA